UGGAUGAAUACAAGAACGCCCAAUCCCCAUUCCGACACCCACACUCUCCUCCUCUCUCUAACAGUGACAGUUCACGCUUCGCACAUACUGUCUCUUCUCUCUUUCUCUCUCUCUCAACAUGAAAAAACCAGAGUGAGAGAUUCAGACAAGAAGAAAAGCAAACAACAUGAAAUCUACUCCUUAACUUCCUCAAACAUCAUAAUACUCAAAGAUUGCUUCAGAAAGUUCUCAGAAUUUGUUUUGUGCGCUUUUUCAUUCCCCACAUUUUUCUUGAAAAUGAGGCGAUUCAGUAUGCAUCCCUUCCUCCUCUUCACCGCCGCCAUUCUCCUCCUCCUCCUCCCCUCAGCCACGCCGGACAUCGCCUCCGACCGCGCCGCUCUCCUGGGCCUCCGCUCGGCCGUGGGCGGCCGCGUACUCCUCUGGGACCUCUCUAGCCGGACUCCCUGCUCAUGGCCCGGCAUCAUCUGCACCGCUGAUAACUCAUCGGUCGUGGAGCUCCAUCUCCCCGGGAUGGGACUGUCCGGGCAGCUGCCGCCCAACACCAUCUCGAAUAUGACCAAUCUCCAGACGCUCAGCCUCCGCUACAACGCGCUCUCUGGCCCGCUUCCGGCAGACAUGUUUUCUUCUCUUACUUCUCUCCGCAAUCUUUAUUUACAACACAAUUUCUUUAGUGGCCAAAUUCCGGAUUCGUUGUUAUCUCUCACGUCCCUUGUGCGAGUAAAUUUGGCAGAAAACAACUUCUCCGGCCCGAUUUCGCCUGCCUUCAAUAAUUUGACCCGUUUAGGCACGCUUUAUUUGCAGGGUAAUCAUUUCUCGGGUCCCAUCCCUGACCUGAAUUUGCCCGCUCUUGUUCAGUUCGAUGUAUCAAACAAUAACCUUACUGGACAGAUUCCCAACGGGCUUUCUGGAAAGCCCAAGAGUUCAUUUGCUGGGAAUUCACUCUGUGGUUCUCCACUUAGUUCUUGUGGCAACGAAAAACCCAAGAAGAAACUCUCCGGUGGGGCGAUUGCCGGAAUUAUAAUUGGUUCUGUGCUCGGGUUUCUCCUGAUCUUAUUGCUUCUGUUCUGUUUGUGUAGAGUAUUAGCGGGAAAGAGAUCGAGAUCGAAAGAUGAGGGUGUGGUUAAGGAGAGAGAACUUGAGAUUCCACGAGAAAAGACGGUGGAAUCCGGUGGAGAAAAGGAUGUCACAAGCAGCAGCUUCGCUGCUGCAAUGGGGACGAAGGAGAAAGAGAAGGGAGAGGGAAGUUUGUUGGGCGGUGGGAAAAAGGGGCUCGUGUUAUUGGGAAAGCCAGGGUGGAAUUUUGAUCUGGAGGAUCUGCUGAGGGCGUCGGCUGAGGUUUUGGGGAAGGGAACGUUUGGGACAGCCUACAAGGCAGUGCUGGAAAGCGGGUUGGCUGUGGCAGUAAAGAGGCUGAGGGAUGUUAACAUGGGGGAAAAGGAGUUCAGGGAAAAGAUGGAAGAAAUCGGGAGAAUGGAUCAUGAGAAUUUGGUGCCUUUGAGGGCUUAUCACUAUAAUAGAGAGGAGAAGCUGCUUGUUUAUGAUUACUUGCCAAUGGGGAGCUUGUCUGCUCUUUUACAUGGAAACAAGGGAGCUGGGAGGACGCCGUUAAACUGGGAGACGAGGGCUGCAAUCGCUCUUGGUGCUGCCAAAGGAAUUUCAUACCUUCAUUUACAAGGCUCUACUAUUUCCCAUGGCAACAUCAAGUCAUCGAACAUUCUCCUCACUAAGUCAUACGAGGCCCGUGUUUCCGACUUCGGUCUUGCUCAGCUUGCCGGCCCUGCCUCCACUCCCAACCGCGUAGCAGGCUAUCGGGCACCGGAAGUAACAGAUCCUCGAAAAGUCUCUCAGAAAGCGGAUGUGUACAGUUUCGGAGUAUUGCUGUUGGAAUUGCUAACCGGUAAGGCUCCAACGCAUUCAUUGAUGAACGAAGAAGGGGUUGAUCUCCCAAGAUGGGUCCAAUCCGUGGUUCGAGAGGAGUGGACGGCUGAAGUUUUCGAUCUCGAACUCCUUCGUUACCAGAAUGUCGAGGAGGAUAUGGUUCAGCUCUUGCAGCUUGCAGUCGACUGCACUGCCCAAUACCCUGACAAGCGCCCUUCUAUGGUCGAGGUGGUUGGCAAAAUCGAAGAGCUUUGUCGUUCGAGUUCGCAAGAUUUGAGCGGCGAUAUUGUCGAUGUCGACGACGAGCCGCAUUCAGUCUCACCACAAACCUAGGAGUAUCCUUCCAAUUAGGUACUUUGAGUGGGUGGUUUUUACUUGUUUGUUCAUUCUUGAAGUUCUUUGAUUGCGAAUCAACUGCCAAUUUUUUUUUUUUUUUUCUUUUCCUUUUCUUCAUGUAAUCUUUUUUUCCCUCUUACAUUCUCUUAGAAAAGAAUUCAAAUGUCAUUCUUCUUGAUUGUCUGAACUGUAAAAUAACGUCAAUUUAUUCUUGUUGAGCUGGUGAUCUUUUGUUAUA